UUCUGAGCUACCACUAUGAAAACAACAUAAAUUGCCAACCACUUGAGGCGUCAUUUUGGUCGAACGGUAUUCUCCCGGUUCUAAUUGCUACAUGUCUUUGGACAGCCUCAUGUUCGGCCUAGGAUAAUUUGGUUGACGAAACAAGAUGGGCGAGGAUUCGGACUCGACCGUUAUUUCGAUUACACCAAAAACCCCUCAUGGUUUGUACUCACGUCAUUCACAUGAACGAAUAGAAACCGAGGGUGAUGCUAUCGAGUUCGCUGAAUUUACCCAAAGCCAGCCCUUGAAAGGCUCAUCGCCCGAUUCGGAUGUACCUCCAAAUAAUAGGAGCGCCUCGGACAACCGUCAGGAUACUGGUUUCAUAUCUUAUAUGGGGUCAGAUACAUCAAGACCUGGCUUUCAAUUCAGAGCAUUGAUUGACUGGAAAUGGGAGACAGCAAGCUGUUUUUUGGCGGUUGGUAGUCUGCUGGCGAUAAUGGCAACUCUGUAUCCAUAUAAUGGUCAUCCGUUACCUCAAUGGCCUUAUGGACUAUCAAUCAACUCGCUAAUUUCGAUAUAUACUGUUAUUUUCAAGGCUGCAAUUUAUUCGAUUCUCGCUCAAGGGCUUGGUCAAUUGAAAUGGACAUGGUUUGAGAAGCCUCGUCGUCUAGACCAUCUGGAAAGUUUUGACAGCGCUUCUCGAGGUGCUUUAGGUGCUGCCGAAUUGCUAUGGGUUCUUGGUGGCAGAAAUCUCGUCGCCACUAUAGGAGCUUUAGUCACAAUCUUUGCCAUUGCUAUUGAUCCUUUCACCCAACAGCUCAUGCAUUAUUAUACUUGCAGUCAAGUCGUUCGAGCCUCGGAGGCCACAAUUCCCAAGACAAACCUUUACAAUGACCCCGGCGGGAGACACUCAGGAGCGAUGGAAAAAACCAUCAACCCCAGCAUGCAGGCAGCCGUUUAUGGUGGGAUAUUCAGCCCUGGAACUAAUCGCGUCACACCGAACUGUCCGACUGGCAAUUGUACAUUCCCCGAGCUCUACAAGACAAUCGCAUACUGCGCCGCUUGCUCUGAUAUCACGUCGCAGUUGAAAGUAACGACAUACAAUGAUUCCAUGAAUUUCACGGUAACCAAUUACACACUUCCAUCUGGCUUGCAACUAUCAGAUCAUUACGGGGCUUCGUUUGUUAUUGGCGCAGAAGCCGAUAGUAUUACCAUUCAAGCCAUCAUGGGGACCUCGCCUGUUUGGUUGACCUGUUCCCCUGAAUGGCCCUGGGGCUGUACGGGCAUAGGAGCAGCUCAAUGUCAACUAUCGAUGUGCAUUAGAACUUUUAAUGGUUCAGUAAAAGCAGGAUAUUUCACCGAGACUGAAAUUGCGGGCGAGAAGGAUACGUGGUUCCAGAAUUUCAAUGAGUCGAUUUGGGGUAGCUCUUUAGACUCUUCCUACUUAUCAACUGUUGAUUUGACUUGCUUGAACAACACCGAAAGGGACACACUUAAAGCAGCAGGGUACCAGUUCAACAAAAAAACACAAUGGCUGGCUUACAAUACCUCCCUACCGGCCGGUUUAUCUGUAGUUGCAGCAAACGCUUCAGGUAUCGCCUUGCCAGCAAAUUACACUGAACUUGACAUCAACGGAUCCUGCAUCUACCAAACCACGGUAGACGCUGUGACUGGUAUGAACGAGUUUCUACUGACUGCAUUCAACGGCCAAGCAAGUUUUGGGCCUCAGGGCGACCCCGAUGCAAGUUCGGGUUUUAUUUCAGUUAUAUUCAACGGUGGAAACAUCAGUGCCCAAACGUUCGCAACCACUUUUCAAAACGUCACAGAUUCCAUGACUACAAACAUGCGAACCUACGUUGAUGCACACACCCCCAACUACGUCGCGGGCAUCGUUCUAGAAAGCGACACAUGCGUUGAUGCUCAAUGGGGAUGGUUGGUUUUCCCCGCCGCUCUACUUUUGCUCACGCUCGUAUUCUUCACUGCUGUGGUUGUGCAAGCUAGAACGAGGGAUGCCAUGGUUAGUGGGAGUCAAGAUUAUAAGAAUUCGGCUUUGCCUUUGCUGUUUCAUGGGCUUGAAGAGUCGACGGCAGCAAGGUUUGGACAGGGGAGGCAUGGGAUGGCUAAGAUGAGUCAGGAUGCCAACGAGUUAUGUGUUGUUUUGAAACCGACGGAUGUUGGUUGGAGGUUUGUCGAAAGUGAUAAGUUAUAACGCA